AUGCACGGAGAGGUGAACAAUGACAGCAUGUCCCCGCCGCGAGCGAUGACCCUGCAAGGCAGCGAGGGUCACGCGGCGGCUGCGAAUGCGGGGCACGCCGUUCGCUGCGCUGGCUACCGGCCACGCUCUAUGCCACAUUUUAUAGAAAAUUUCACGCUUAUUAGGCUAUGUCUACAACACCUACAGGUGAUAUCAUAUUUAACUCAAAUCGCCGACGCCUCCAUGCCGCGCGUGCGCGUAAACUUUAAUUUUUCAAAGCGUCCGCUAGUCAAAUUAAAAACUGUUGUGGAUAAUAUGUUUAGUUUUCGAACUAGAACAGUGUAUUGUUAUAUUAAAGCAUUGUUAGUGAAGACUUUAGUGCAAUUAUUCGUUGUUGCCAAGUGUGAAGUGAGUAAGGCGCAGGCACGAUGGUGCUGGCGGCGCAAAUGCAGCGCGCAGCAAGCAUAUAAGCUGUUGCUGCUGUGGCUGAGCGUCUGUUGUGGGUACAGUGAGGGCCGACGGGACGGUGACCUACACAUCGGCGGUAUCUUUCCUAUGGAGGGCGAGGGAGGGUGGCAGGGAGGGCAGGCCUGCAAACCCGCCGCAGAAUUGGCUCUCGCCGAUGUCAAUGCGCGAUCUGAUUUAUUGUCCGGCUUCAAGUUAUACAUACACAGCAAUGAUAGUAAGUGCGAGCCGGGUCUUGGCGCCAGCGUUAUGUACAACCUGCUGUACAAUCCUCCUCAAAAGUUGCUGCUACUCGCCGGAUGUUCUACAGUUUGCACAACAGUUGCUGAAGCUGCUAAAAUGUGGAACCUUAUGGUCCUAUGCUACGGUGCAUCAUCGCCGGCAUUAUCAGACCGCGCCCGGUUUCCGACAUUAUUCCGCACUCAUCCCUCGGCUACCGUACACAAUCCGACUAGAAUUAAACUAAUGCAGAAGUUUGGCUGGUCAAGAAUAGCUAUCUUACAACAAGCUGAAGAGGUUUUUAUAUCAACCGUGGAAGAUUUAGAGGCGCAUUGUAAGAAGUCUGGUAUUGAAAUUGUAACCCGGCAAUCGUUUUUAUCGGAUCCUGCUGAUGCAGUAAGGAACUUAAGAAGGCAAGAUGCGCGUGUCAUUGUUGGGUUAUUCUACGUGGUUGCGGCUCGGCGUGUGCUGUGUGAAGUUUACAAACAUCGCUUAUACGGCAAGUCCUACGUAUGGUUUUUCAUAGGUUGGUACGAAGACAAUUGGUUCGAAACAAAUUUAGAAAAGGAAGGUAUUGACUGCACCCCGGAACAGAUGCGAGAGGCGGCCGAGGGUCACUUAACUACGGAGGCUCUCAUGUGGAAUCAAAACUCAAACCAAACAACUAUUUCAGGAAUGACUUCUGAAGACUUUAGAUCAAGACUGAACGAAGCUUUACGCGAAGCCGGGUACGACAUCGACGGGGAGAGAUAUCCGGAGGGAUAUCAAGAGGCACCUCUAGCGUACGACGCUGUUUGGGCCGUGGCUUUGGCUUUCAACAAAACGAUGGAAAAACUGGAAAAAAGUGGUCUAAGUCUGAAAAAUUUUACAUAUACGAAUAAGAAGAUUGCCGAUGACAUUUACGAGGCGAUUAACUCGACAUCAUUUCUUGGUGUAUCGGGUCUCGUAGCAUUUUCAUCACAAGGUGACCGCAUAGCUUUGACACAGAUCGAACAGCUGACUGAAAAUCACUAUGUUAAAUUGGGGUAUUACGACACGCAGGCCGAUAACUUGACGUGGUUGGACAGAGAGCGGGUAAUCCAGUGGUCGCAUCCAGCUUGUAAUACUGUGAUGUUAUGUGGAUGUUGCGUCUGUCUAAGUGCUGCAAUCGCCCUGGGAUUGGAUGGACGAUGGGUAUUAGAACAACAUUUCUCUGGCCUUUGUGCUGCUCGUGCAUGGUUGCUGGCGAUCGGGUUUUCUAUGGCAUAUGGCGCAUUGUUUACAAAAGUAUGGCGUGUACAUAGACACACUACUCAACCAAAAGCUGAAACAAAGAAAAAACGUAUCCAUGGCUGGAAAUUGUACACGAUGGUUGGAGGUCUCUUAGUGGUGGACGUAGCACUUCUGACGGCUUGGCAAUUAAGAGACCCACUCAAAAGAAGUGUAGAAACAUUCCCUUUGGAAGCCCCUAGACAUCACGACGAUGACGUGCACAUACGGCCGCAGUUGGAACACUGUGCAAGCAAUCAUAAUACGGUGUGGUUGGGUGUGAUGUAUGGAUACAAAGGAUUGGUUCUUGUGUUCGGUUUGUUCCUGGCCUACGAGACAAGAUCUGUGAAAGUGCGGCAGAUUAAUGAUUCAAGAUACGUUGGCAUGAGUAUUUAUAAUGUAGUCGUGUUGUGUCUGAUUACGGCGCCAAUCACGCUCGUGAUCAUGAGUCAGCAGGAUGCAUCCUUCGCCUUCGUGUCUUUGGCCAUCGUUUUCUGCUGUUUCCUCAGCAUGGCACUGAUAUUUAUUCCUAAGGUAAUUGAGGUGAUUCGUCACCCGACGGAACGCGCGGAGAGCGGUCGCGGUUCUGGCUCAGGCUCCGCCCCCGCUGAUGAGGAGCGCUACCGGGAACUGGUCAAGGAAAAUGAAGAACUGCAGAAACUUAUUGCACAGAAGGAGGAAAGGAUCCGGGUGCUGAAACAAAAGUUAGCGGAGCGGGAAUCAGCAGCAGCGGGCGUGACACAAGGUACGGGGGCAGGCGACCGAGUGCUGGCCGAUCUCGCCACGGCCACCUCCGACUAUGGCACAUCCACCAAUUACACGCGCUCUUCCCGCGCCUCUGUUUCUGACCUCGACUUCUCUGAGAGCUACCUCUAA